AUGAAUCACGAGCCUCGCAACUGCAGGUAGAAACAUGAUCGUGUUGGCGAGGUAGUAUGAUCUUCAACACUUCAACAUGUAGUCUCCAAGGUCACCGUGGGCGGGGUCGAGUCAGGCGUGGGGUGGUGACGUGUCAGGCUGUGAUUGGUCAGUAGCUAGUCACGUGACAUGUUCCCCCCACCACCAGUACAACCACCAGCCCCCUCUCCUAUGCCCUGCGCCCAAUGGGAGCUCGACAUGGACUUACGUCAUCAUAUCCAGCAUUGCGCCUGCACCUGCAACCACAUGGGCUAUGGAAACUAUAUGGACUAUCAGUUUAUUCGCUCCGCUGAGACGACCUGCAUGUCAGAGCACGGUCCUCCAGUGCGGUUGCUGAACGGCGCAGUUCGAUGCAACGGUCAGGCACGCACUCUUCUGGCCACCGCUGGGUCCAUCAGCAGCAGUGACAGCAGUGACGAUGUCAAAGGUCUCUCCUGUUGUUCAGCUAUCCUGGAGGUGCGGCUGCGGCCGUGGGUGGUCACUUGUCUGGUGUGUCUGCUGGUGGCUGGGUUGUGUCUGGGGCUAGGAUGGCCUCUCUCACUCUCAGGGUCUCCGCCCCCUCCACCUCCUAAGGACACUCUGGAGCAGCGCCUAGACAUCGUCCGCAGGAUACUGUCCGAGGUCCCACUCAUAGAUGGACACAACGACUUGCCAUGGAACAUCCGCAGCUUUGUUCACAACCAGCUGGCUUUGUUCAACUUCUCCGUGGACCUGACCGAGGUAGACCCAUGGUCCAGGUCGAACUGGAGUCAUACGGACCUUCCAAGGCUGCGGGCAGGACUGGUUGGCGCCCAGUUCUGGUCGGCCUACGUGCCCUGCGGCUCGCAGUACAUGGAUGCUGUCCACAUCACUAUGGAGCAAAUAGACGUCAUACGAAGACUCGUCGAGCUCUACAGCAGAGAUCUGCAGUUUGUAUCUUCAGCCUCAGGUAUUCUAGAGGCUCACAGAGCAGGCAAGAUAGCCAGCCUAGUGGGAGUGGAGGGAGGUCAUUCAUUGGCAAGCUCACUCGCUGUACUUCGCAUGUAUUACUCGCUAGGAGCUCGCUAUCUUACUCUUACACACACGUGUCAUACUCCAUGGGCAGGUUGUUGCGUUGGGCAGGACGAGGAGAAUGAUGGCCUCUCACAUUUUGGUUCUUUGGUAGUACGGGAGCUCAAUAGGCUGGGAAUGUUGGUAGACCUGAGCCACACGUCAGUACGUACUAUGGAGGACGCCCUGAAUGUCACACAGGCUCCUGUCAUUUUCUCACAUUCCUCCGCAUUUCAUUUGUGCAACUCAACUCGCAAUGUGCCUGACCACGUGCUCAAACUAGUGGCCUUAAACGGGGGGAUCGUAAUGGUGAAUUUCUAUUCCAUGUUCAUAACCUGCAAUCAGUCUGCUACUCUACAGGACGUAAUUGCUCACAUAAACUACAUCAGGAAGGUUGCUGGAGAAGACCACGUGGGGAUAGGAGCAGGAUACGAUGGUAUUAACUUGCCACCCAGAGGUCUCGAAGAUGUGUCCAGGUAUCCUUACCUUUUCGCGACGCUUCUGGAGGACCCGAACUGGGAUGAGGCAAGACUGAAAAAACUGGCGGGCCUCAACUUUCUCAGGGUGUUUGCCAAAGCGGAAGAGGUGCGAGACUCCUGGAGUACAGACCCCCAGGCGGUUGCGGAGGAAUUAUACCCUCAAAGAUCCGGUGCGGACUGCGUCGAGGACUCGUGAUCCUCCGAGGAUCUUAACUAGCUUACAGGACCAACCAAUAGUCGCGCUGCUGUAGUAACUCCAGGAUAUAUUGAGGGUAUGCGAUUUGC